UUCAUCCACCCGUUACAAAAAUUGAUCCAUCGAUCGAUCGCGGAGAUGGCGUCGGAGAAGCACUUCAAGUACGUCAUCCUCGGCGGCGGCGUCGCGGCGGGAUACGCCGCGAGGGAGUUCGCCAAGCUGGGCCUCCAGCCCGGGGAGCUCGCCAUCAUCUCCAAGGAAUCCGUUGCUCCGUAUGAGCGCCCGGCGCUCAGCAAGGGCUACCUCUUCCCACAGAAUGCCGCCAGGCUUCCGGGGUUCCACACCUGCGUCGGGAGCGGCGGGGAGAAGCUCCUGCCGGAAUGGUACACGGAGAAAGGCGUUGAGUUGAUCCUCAGCACGGAAAUUGUCAAGGCUGAUCUUGCCUCCAAGACAUUGACCAGUGCAGCUGGACCAACCUUUACCUAUGAGACCCUGCUCAUUGCCACCGGCUCCUCGACCAUAAAGCUCACUGACUUCGGUGUUCAAGGAGCAGAAGCAAACAACAUCUUGUAUCUGAGGGAUAUCGAUGAUGCCGACAAGUUGGUUGCAGCUAUGCAGGCAAAGAAGGACGGAAAGGCCGUCGUUGUCGGAGGUGGCUACAUAGGACUUGAGCUCAGCGCAGCAUUGAAGAUCAACAAUUUCGAUGUCACUAUGGUGUACCCAGAGCCGUGGUGCAUGCCCCGUCUCUUUACUGCCGGCAUCGCUCAUUUCUACGAGGGCUACUACGCUAGCAAAGGAAUCAACAUUGUGAAGGGCUCCUACGCAACUGGUUUUGAUGCUGAUGCUAAUGGCGACGUUACUGUUGUCAAGCUGAAGGAUGGAAGAACACUCGACGCGGACAUCGUCAUCGUUGGGGUCGGUGGCAGGCCACUGACAGGCCUCUUUAAAGGCCAAGUUGACGAGGAGAAAGGUGGACUCAAGACUGACACAUUCUUCGAAACGAGCGUCGCCGGUGUGUACGCCAUUGGUGAUGUGGCCAGCUUCCCCAUGAAGCUCUACAACGAGCCGAGGAGAGUGGAGCACGUCGACCAUGCUCGGAAAUCAGCCGAGCAGGCCGUCAAGGCGAUCAAGGGCAAGGAGUCCGGCGAGACGGUGGCAGAGUACGACUACCUGCCCUACUUCUACUCCAGAUCGUUCGACAUUGCGUGGCAGUUCUACGGCGACAACGUCGGCGAGUCGGUGCUGUUCGGGGACAAUGACCCAGCGGCGGCCAAGGCCAAGUUCGGCACAUAUUGGGUCAAGGACGGCAAGGUCGUCGGCGUGUUCCUCGAGGGCGGGUCGGCCGACGAGUACCAGGCCAUCGCUAAAGUCGCUAGGGCCCAACCUCCGGUGUCAGACCUGGAGGCCCUCGGGAAAGAAGGGCUCGAUUUUGCCGCCAAGAUAUGAUGAUUUGUCUAUGUACGUCUGUACAUUUUGUGUCUGUCUACGCUUCCUAGUUCUUAGCUCAGAAAUGAGGUUUGAUUUUCUUUUUUGGAAUUUGAUGUUGGGAGUAAUAACACUACUAUGGUUUGAUUCCAAUAAUGUUCAUAGCUUCGGUUUUAUUUA